AUAGUAAAGUCGCUAUUUUGACCCUGUAAACAUGGCCGGUAAGGCAACGUUUUUUGAGUCGAGCUUAAGUUUCCCUUCCAGUCGCAACACACAAGGAGUUCAGUCCGCCUCAACCGAUACACCAAGGUUCGUGCCUUCAUCAAAGGCGCAGCAUGAGCUCGACGCUUCCGCGCAGGCGCAGGAUCAGAUCAGUCGCUGCUUUAAUAAACUCCGGUCCUUGAGAGAGACGGACAGCGCGACUCUGAAAACUGAGCUCAACUCACUGUUCGACCAGCUCAUCUCAGAAAACUACAACAGCCUCAACCACGACAACAUACACCCAGAGGUUGUGUGUGAGAUGCUUAUGCAUGCAAGCCGUCUGGUUCCUCUCAGCCAAGAGCAUCUUAUCAUCAAACUGAGCCAACUGAUUCAUCAACUUCUAAACCAGCUACAGGUGAUAGUGGAUGAGCAUACGCUGGAUGUUUUGGUGUCAUACUGCACACGUGCUCUGCACACAUGCAGUUCAUGGACUCACCCGGAAGUGUUGCUUGCCCUCUCAUCACUUGUAUAUGGCAAUGGAUCCAGGUGUCACAGACACCUUCCAGAGCUCCUUGGACUGAAGGGUGUUCUGGUAAACUACGGUGACCCCAGCCAGCCUGACAUAGAGCUGCGGCGUUCUGCUGUGCAUUGCUUAGCUAAUCUAUGUCUCAGUGUUCCUGGUCAGCCGUAUUUAGAGGAGCCAUAUAAAGGUGCAUGCUAUGGAAUCCUCCUGCGGACACUACAGUCCCCCAAACCACCUGAUGUGGAGGACAUUGUCUUCUGUACAUUAUUACAGAGUGCUCUGAAGGGAACGCAGUAUUUUCUCAAUGGUGGAAAAUGGAAAGCCGUACCGAACCAGGAUCUGGGCACCUUAUUGGCUCUGCUCAAAAGAUUCAUGUUCUAUGGGCUGCCGGGAAUAAAUGUGGAAAUGCCACAGGUGUUGUACCCAGCUCCUCUCCCUCAGUAUGAGACUGUUCCCGCUGCAAAACCUGAACCUUCACAGGACUCCGCUUCACAGAAAAAAACGGCUGGGUCCCAACAGAACAAGAAGCGCAAGUCUCGUGGGAAAGGGAAGAAAGCUGGAGCUGAGGGAAAGAAUGAUGAUGACGAUCUUAAAACUGGGGGAGGUGGAGUGGAUCAGAGUGGUUGGUCUCUCGGCUCGCAGUCCGUUAGUGUGACGUCUCCGUCAGGAGUGACUCCACAACUCUACCCUUCCUGGAAGAAAGGGAGCUCUGACUCUGAAUUCUCAGACCCUGAGGGAGGAAUGCAAACUAAACUUAGGCUGUAUCAAGCACGUGUGCGGCAGAGUGCGCUGCAGUGCUUCCUGGCUGUGGUCAAGUGUGUUGAGAAACGAAUCCUCUAUGGAUACUGGUCUUCCUUCGUUCCAGAUGCUCCUGGGAUUGGAGGCCCUCCUCCUCUUACCCUCCUGACCAUUGCCCUAAAGGACCCCUCCCCAAAGGUACGGGCAGGCUCUCUGCAGGUUCUGUCUGCUCUUCUCGAAGGUUCUCGCCAGUUCCUGUCCACCGCUGAAGACACCAGUGCACCCCGCCAGGCCUUCACUCCCUUUUCGGCCACGUUAGCUUCCAGUGUCAGAGAGCUGCACCGCUGCUUGCUGCUAGCACUCGUAGCGGAGUCGUCCUGUCAAACCCUCACACAGGUCUUAAAGUGCCUUGCCCACCUGGUGUCCAAUGUGCCCUAUAAUCGUCUCAGACCGGGCCUGUUGAGCCCACUGUGGAAACAGAUUCGUCCAUAUGUGCGCCACAGAGAUGUGAACGUCCGUGUAUCCAGUCUCACUCUCUUCGGUGCAUUAGUCUCAACACAAGCCCCCCUCCCAGAGAUCCAGCUCCUUCUCCAGCAGCCCGGAUCCACAUCCACCCUCAGCACCCCCGGCAUCAGCACCCCACAGGAGCUCUCUCACAACUGGAGACUUCCCGCCCGGAGAGACGGAGAGGCCUCGUCUCCUGGAGGAGGAGUUGAGGGGGGUCCAGAGGGGCCGUGCUGGCUGUUGCAGCUGUGCGUGAGCCUGGUCACUCAGCCUCGUGAGGAACCCUACUCUGAUAGUGACGCCGGCGGGUCUAGUGGAGCGUCGCUGGAACCUUCACCCGUCCGACUUGAAGCCCUGCAGGUUUUGGCACAUCUGGUGAAGGGUUACUUCUCAUUGGUUCAGACGUCUCUGUUGGAGUUGGGGCAACUCAGUUCUCGCUGUCUCAAAGAGCAAGAAUCUUCUGUGCAACUUCAUGGCGCUAAACUUCUGGAAGAACUGGGAACAGGCAUUAUCCAGCAGUACAGAGCUGAUGCCAACACCACUCCAAGUGCCAAAUGUGUGCCAGUGUGUCAGGUGGUCAAGUUCUGGUCAGAGACCUUGGGUGCUCCACUGAUCAGUGCCUUACAGAACGAGCAGCAUCCCACCCUACAGACCAGUGCAUGUGACACCCUCUCCUCCAUCUUACCACAGGCUUUCAGCCAGCUGCCCGAUAAGACGCAAGUGCUGUGUAUCACAAUACUGCUGGGACUGACAUACAACGAAAACUCAUUGGUAAAGGCAGCAGCUGUGAGAGCUCUAGGCGUAUACAUCCUCUUUCCCUGCCUGAGAGAGGAUGUGAUGUUUGUGGCAGACACGGCUAAUGCCAUCCUCACUGCUCUGGAUGACCGCUCGCCCAACGUUCGUGCAAAGGCAGCCUGGUCACUUGGCAACCUCACGGACACGCUCAUUGUCAACAUGCAGUCAGUGGGGUUGGAGUUUCAGGAGGAGUUCUCUGAUAUGCUGCUUCUGAACAUGCUGAGAUCUGCCACUAAAGCUUCAGGAGACAAAGACAGGGUAAAGAGCAACGCUGUCCGUGCACUUGGGAAUCUGCUUCACUUCCUGCAGCCGGUGCACCUGGGAAAGCCUGUGUUUGAGCAGCCCCUGCAGGAGGCCAUGAGGGCACUGAUAGAAACCGUUAGAGGAGAUGCAACCAUGAAAGUGCGCUGGAACGCCUGCUAUGCACUGGGCAAUGCCUUCAGAAAUCAAAACCUGCCUCUGGGUUCUGCUGUGUGGUCCAAGGAAGCCUACUCUGCCCUGUCCUACGUUGUCACAUCCUGCAAGAACUUCAAAGUACGCAUCAAAUCUGCUGCUGCACUUUCUGUUCCAUCAACGCGAGAUCGCUAUGGUGAUGCUCAACAAUUCGCUGAAGUGUGGCAAGCUUUGGCUCAGGCCCUUGAACACAGCGAAGAAAUGGAGGACUUCCUUGAAUAUCGUUACUGUGCUAGCUUACGCUCACAGCUCUGCCAUGCUCUCCUGCACCUUCUCUCUUUAUGCCAGCCUAAUGACCUUCCAGCGCUGAAGUCAUCACUGAGUGACCAGUCCAGGCCAGUACUACAGGGCUUCAUGGUUCACUACCUUAGCAAUAAGGGUGUAACUUUGGCUGCUGGGGUUGAUGGUGCUGCAGGGGAGGAGGCUGGGGAUCAUGCGGUGCCUGAAGAUGGUUUGAUGGUGCUCAACGAGACGCUGACCAGGCUGAAGGGACAACUGGAAGAGGCCGUGUUGGACAGCAGUGAGGAUCUGAAGACUGUGGUGAAUUUCCUCGAGGAUGUUAUGAGGAACUUUGAGGAGGUGAAAGAAUCGGACAGCAAAGAUUUCUCCCUUCUGCUCAGCAAAUUACCACAGUGAAAGUGAAAAUACAUCUGUGAUGAAGCCAUGUGGCAUGACUGUCUGAGGUCUAAACUGCCUUUUAGAUUUUAUUAAAAAUGUAUAUAUUAAAAUAUAUGUCAAAGUAUCAAAGAAAUUCCUGUGAGCCUCGAGUUGUACCUUUAAAGGAAUAGUUUACCCAAAAUAUGAAAAUGUACUCCCCUUCAGGCCAUUCAAGAUGUAGAGGAGUUUGUUUUUCAUCGAAACAGGUUUUGAAAAAUUUACUUUCUUUGAGAGAGUACUUGCUGUGCUCUGAAUGGGUGAGAGUUCAAACAGCUGAUGAAAGCGUUACAAUAUUCCACUCCCAUCCAUCAAAUAAUGUCUUGUGAAGUGAAAAGUCUAAGUCAUUUUUAUCUUUAAACUGUUGCUUCUGGACAAAAUGAGUCCAUAAUCCAUAUCAACUCUUCAUCCAG